AUGUCUGAAUACAACGGCCGUCGGGCCCCCAACUUCUCCCAAUACCUCCAAGACCUGAAUGCCAUUCCCUCGCCAUACGACCAGGCCCUGCAGCAGCAACAGCAGGAUGUCUUCAAUCUCGACGCCGAGCUCUCCAUGUUCACCAACACCGAGUUUUUCGAUUUCGACAACUUUGGCGAUCUCAAUCUGCCCACCUUCAACUCGGUGGAGGGCGACAGCCUGAAGACGGAAACCAAGCCAAAGACCGCUCACAAUACGGAUAUGGAAUUUCUGGACCUUCUAGGUGAUGGUUUCGGUAAUAUGCCGGACUACUCCGCCGACUUCAACACGGUAAACACCCAGCCGCAGCCGCAGACACAGACGCAAAACCAGACGAGUAGCCCGACGUCUGUAUCAGAUGUAUCUUUCUCUGCGGCCCAGAUUCCCAGCGGUCCGCUGGCUGCCAAACAGGCUACCCAGUCGGCACCACAGACGGUAGCCCCGACGCAACCCGCUGCACCAGCUUCGGCUUCGACCCCGGCUCCGGCUCCGGCUACUGCCACUCCCGCCGGCCCCAAGCGCAAGAACACGCAAAAGACGCCGCCGAUGAGCGUGGAAGAAGCGGCACGCAUCGCGGCGGAGGAGGACAAGCGUCGGCGCAACACGGCGGCCAGCGCGCGGUUCCGGGUGAAGAAGAAGAUGCGCGAGCAGGCGCUGGAGAAGACGGUCAAGGAGACCACCGAGAAGAACGCCGCUCUGGAGGCGCGGGUCACGGCGUUGGAGCUGGAGAACCAGUGGCUGAAGAACCUGAUCACGGAGAAGAACGGCAAGUCGGAAGACAACAAGAAGUCGGAGUCGGACAUUGCCAACAUGUUCAAGAAGUUCCUUGCGACGCACGCGGAGAACCAGCGGAGUAGCUCCGAGUCGAAGAUCGGCGUGGGGACUGCCUGA